AUGAAGCUGGUUUUCAACGUAGAAGUCAAAAAGGCCCCUGGAAGACUGGAACAUGUAGCGAAAGAAGGCGAUCUUCUCUACCCAGGUUCAGUUAUUGCCCGUCUGGUCGAUCAGAAAGACAGCGAGAAAUAUAGGCCUUCACCAUUCUUGGAGUCUUUUCCUGAAUGGGCCGAGUUUCCUAAAAACGAACGUAGCGUUCCCGAAACAAAAAAGCACAACAUGUGUUUUGAUAUGUGCAUGAAUGUCUUGAAAGGUUCCAUCCCUCCAGGUGCCGAUUAUAGCAUGAAUGAUCUCGCUGAGGAGCUUUUUCAUUAUCUCGAAAGCCCCACCCUACCGUUCGCAAUUUUCAAGCAGGCACUCAGUCCAAUGGUGAAUCGUCUUCCUGAAAGAUAUUGCUCGAAGAUUAAGGAACUAGUGGAAGUGGAUUCGAUGGGGAACUUCGCUCUGAUCAAGGUUUCUUGCUAUUAG